AUGGAGUCUUCUAUAGCUUUAAAAGGUAAAGACUUUGUCAUUAUAGGAACUGAUGCUAGUAUCAAAAACUCUUAUCUAGUCCUUAAAAGAGAUGAAAAUAAAUUUAUAAAUGUUAAUGACAGAGUUAUAUUUACUUAUUUAGGUGAUCAAGGAGAUGCCUUCAGAACAGCAUCUUUUGUAAAAGAAAAGUUAAUAUAUGAAGAAAUCCAGAACAAUGUAGAAAUUACCCCAAAAGUUACUGCUAAUAUCAUUCAGAAAAGUAUUUAUAGGAGUCUAAGGUCCCGCCCAAUUGAAAAUUAUUUUCUUAUAGGUGGAUUGACAGAUAAUGGGCCCGAACUUUACAGUGUUGAUGUUUAUGGAUCUAUGUACGAGAAUAAUUUUAUGGCUGUAGGGAUAGCCACAUAUUUCUGUUAUGGCGUACUUGAUAAAGAAUACACUGAAGACAUUAAUAAGGAUAAGGCAAUUGAGGUUUUGUAUAAAUGUUUUGAUGUUUUAAAAGAAAGAUGUUCUGUUGAUAUUUCUAAUAUAGAUAUACGUAUUAUAAGUAAAGAAGGUGUAGAAGUCAUUAAUAAAGUUUUAUAA